AUGAGUAACAACUAUUCUGCGAGCAGCGGCUCAGCGGGUGAUGGUUACCGCGAUAGCGGAUACGGAGACGACAGCUCUGGAUACAGGGGCAGCUACAGAGGUGGAUAUAGAGGACGAGCUCGCGGAGCAUAUAGAGGACGAGCGAACGACCGAGGGGGAUAUUAUGGUCGAGGAGGGUAUCUGAGCCGGUAUAACCCUUAUUACGGGGGAAGCAGUGGAGGAAGAGGCGGGUAUUCGUCGUAUCAGGGGAGAGACAGCUAUAGGGGGGACAACUACGAAAGUUCGAGGCCCACGUCGCACGGAGACGACUCUUACCAAGAGGGUUAUCAAGAAGGAUAUCAAGAAAGAUACGACGGUUAUGGUGAUGGGUAUGGUGCAGACUCGAGGACUGACGACAGCAAUUAUGGAUACCCGCAGUCGCUGUACAGAGGAAGCUACCGGGGAGGAUAUAAAGGGACAUAUUCGUCUAAAGACAGAGGCAGCUACCAUGGGCGGUCGCAAUACGAGUCAGAACACGGACAUGGAAGCCAUCUGGGAUGGAAUGAGCAUUCUUCGUCGUCUCCGGCAUCAAAACCAAAGACACCCCAGCAUAAGGGCGCCUCGGGGCCCAAAGCACCUACCAACCCAUGGAUUACUAUACUCCAAAUAAAGGACGAUCCCACAAAACAGGCGUUUGAGCACACCCAUGAGGAAUUGGGCCGUCUAGAUAAAGAAUUGCACGAAUUACAGCAUGCUAAGCUAUUGUUGGAGAACUCAGUCGCCAACUUAGAAAGGCAGGCACUUAGAGAAGAAUUGCACGUACAAAUUACCAAUGAAAAGCUCGAAGAGUUUACUUAUUUAUGA